UGUUGUCUCUUGAAACAUUUCACUAACCAACCGCAAAACUCAUACACCAAAAAUGUCGGACCAAAAGGAUCCCGUACUCGAGAAGAUCGAAAACACCAAGGCCAUCUACAAACGCCUAGGCAAGAGUGGUCUGCGAGUUUCUGUACCUAUCCUCGGUGCCAUGUCAUUCGGUGAUGCAGCAUGGCAACCUUGGAUCUUGGACGAAGAAGCAUCCCUUCCACUUCUCAAAGCUGCUUACGAUAAGGGUAUCAAUACCUGGGACACGGCCAACAUUUACAGCAAUGGUGUGAGCGAGAAGAUCAUCGGCAAAGCCAUCAAGAAGUACAACAUUCCGCGUGAAAAGAUUGUCAUCUUGAGCAAGUGCUUUGCCUAUGUCGGCGAAGAACCUGGAAUCAAGACUAUGACUUACGGUCAGAGGAUCUCCGAGUCGCCCGACUACGUCAACCAAGGAGGACUCUCGCGAGCUGCCAUUUUCAAUGCCGUCAACGCAUCCUUGAAGCGCCUGGAUUUGGAGUACCUCGAUUUGCUUCAAAUUCAUCGCUUCGACCCCAACACACCAACCGAAGAGACCAUGGAGGCCUUGCAUGAUCUGAUCAAAGCCGGAAAGGUCCAUUAUAUCGGAGCAAGUUCCAUGUGGACAUAUCAAUUCUGCAUGAUGCAAGCUUGUGCCGAUAAGAAUGGUUGGACCAAAUUCAUCAGCAUGCAGAAUCAAUACAGUCUUCUGUAUCGCGAAGAAGAACGCGAGAUGAACAAGUAUUGCGACGCAACCGGUGUCGGACUCAUUCCGUGGGCUCCUCUUUGCCGUGGACACCUCGCUCGCCCUGCAUCGGCAGCUGGAAGCACAACAAGGUCUGCCAAGGAGGCUAGCGGUCUUGCAGGAACCUCUGAAGUCGAUGUCAAGACCAUCGGAAGAGUGCAAGAGCUUGCCGAGAAGAAGGAUUGGAAGAUGGCACAUGUCGCACUCGCUUGGAUCAACAAACGGAUUUCAAGUCCAAUCAUUGGAUUCUCGAGUGAAGAACGCAUGGAUGAAGCCCUAGGUGCAAAUGAUAAGACGCUGACUGAGGAAGAGGAGAAGUAUCUUGAAGAGCUUUAUGAGCCCAGGAAUGUCGUCGGUCAUAAUUGAGAAGGAUUCAAAGCGGGAAGGCGGUGUCCAAUUCUGUUGCGACACGGAAAUAAGAUCAGCAUUCCUUCGAGACAUAACUCAGACAUGACAACUCACACCUUUAGU